UACAUAUACAUACACAAUAUUUAUAUAAGUAUGUUGUAAUAUUCCGAAUAUCAUCAACAUCAUCAUCAUUUCUCAUUUCGUAAGCAUAUAUUCUAGCUUGGGCAAUAUUCAUACAUAAAUACAUAUUUUUCAUAAAAGCAAAUAGAAAAUAAAUGGCAAUAUUUUCAUCUCGCAUAGAAUUAUAUAAUUGAGAAAAACAAAAAAAACAAAUUUAUUUGUAAUUUUAACAAAAAUUCAAUUGAAUUGCGUUGCAAGAAUCAGGAGAGAAGAAAGGAAAACAUAUCGAAUAAAUGUACCGAAACACAAGAACAGCAACCACAUAAAAUUUAUUGAAAAGAAAAUUAUAUAAAAUAGUAAAAGAAUUUUAGAAAAAAAAUAAUCAAAAUUUCAGCGAAAUGCCAUCAGAACCAAUAAAAAUUCAUUUCUUAUAAAUGAAUUAGACAUGAAUUUUUGAAUUAAACAACAGGAAAUUUCAAAAGACUGAUAUAAAAAUCACAAUAUAUACAAAAUAAAUCGUUCGAAUAAAGUAUUAAUUUUUAAAGAAAACAUGUUGUAAAUCUACAGUAUUAAACCAAGAUAAUAAGGACGAAAUCAUAUUGGACCAAUAUUUAGAUAAUUAUUAAAAAGGUAUAGAAAUGUCAAUAUCUGGAUCAAUUGUUGGUUACGAGAAUAAUAAUGAAAUAAUAAAUAAGAAAAAAAUUAAUAAUUUGAAACAUAAUCAUCAUCAACAACAACAACAACAACAAUCAAAUCAACAACAACCUAAACAACAACAUUAUCAAGAACAACAACAAUUUUUAGCAAUUAAUAAUCAUCAUUCAACAAUAAUUGGAAUAUCAUCAUCAUCAUUAUCAUCAACAUCAUCUCAAAUAUUAUCAAAACCAACAAUAAAAUCAUCUAUAUCACCACAAAUAACAAAUUCAUAUAUAACAGAAUUAAAACAACAACAGCAAGAACAACAACAUUCAUCACAAUUACUAUUACCGUCAUCACAACAAAAUAUAUCAUUAUCAUCAACAACAAUGUUAAAUACAUCAAUUAAUUCAAUGGGUAAACCAUGCCCAAGCUUAAAUUCAAGUCUUAAUAAUUCAAUAAUAACAAAUGCAAGUACAGUUAGUCAUAAUCAACAAUUAAAUCAUAAUAAUCAUAAUCAUCAAACACAUCAUCAUCAUCAUCAACAACAACAACAGCAGCAACAUCAACAACAUCAUUCAUCAAUAUUGCAAAAUCAUAAUAAUAGUAAUAAUAAUAGUAAUAGUAGCAAUAAUUGUAGUGGUAACAUAAAUAAUAAUAAUAAUAACAAUAAUAGUAGUAGUAAUAAUAAUAAUAACAAUAAUGAUAUUAAUAGUAAUCAAAAUAAUACUGUUACAACAAAUACAACAGCCACAAAUGCAUCAAAUUCAAAUAAAUAUCAUCUACAAAAUAUGAAAACAAGAAAAAAUUUUAAUAAAAAUAAUUAUCAAAUACAGCAGCAACAACAGCAGCAGCAACAACAUCAUUAUCUUCAUCAUCAUCAUUCACAUCAACAUCAGCAACAUCAACAACAGCAACAAUAUAAUUCAACACAUCAAAAUAAUUAUUUACAUUUGAAUUCAUUAUGGUCAAUAUGGUAUGGUGUAUUAAUGACAUUAUUUCAAGGAUAUUUAGCUAUACAUGGUGCUUAUAGAUUUUUAGGAUGUUCAUUAAUCCAAUGGAAAAUAGAACCAGUAGCAGAAUUAAAUCUUCAAAUUGUAUUAUGUGGUGUUGUUUUUAUAUUGCUGCCAUUAUUUUUUGCAUCAGCCGUUUUCAAGGUUGGAAACUUAGCUAACGAUGGCAUUAAAUUAGCAACUAUACCAAAUCGUAAAUGUUCAAUGACACCACAUGAUGGUUUAGAAGAAGAAUCAAGUGGUGGUACAUUAAGAGCGUUAUGGACACAUGGUGGACCAACAGCAGCAUUUAUUCAUAUUAUAAUUGCAAUGUGCUUAUUAUUACCCAGACUCUUAUUAGAGGCUAGAAUUAUUGAAAAUGGAUUAUUACCAAGGGAAAAUAUUUGGCGAACUGAAUUAGAUUUCAUAUCAACAAGUCGUGAUCGUUUAGUCGUACUAUCAUUUAUGACAUCACCAUAUCAGAACAUAUCAAAUGAUUAUAAUGAAACUGAUGAUUUUUCAUUUUUAGAUGAAAAUUUACCAACAAAUAAUUAUAAUGUCACCGAAAAUUCAUUUCGGAAUUCACCAAUUUUUGAUUUACCAAAUGUACAUGAAAUACAAUUCAAAUAUAAUUCCGAAAAUAAUAAUGAUGAUAUUGAUAACAUUAAUAAUAACGAAAAUGAUGAUAAUAUUGAUAAUAUUAAUGGAAAUGAUGAUGGUGAUGAUGAUACAAAUGAUGAUUAUGAAAAUCCAAAUAUUGUUAAUCCCUACGAUGAAGAUGAAAUGGAUAUUGAAACAAUUAAUAUUUCAUCAUCACGAUCAUCAUUGAAACCUUCAAUGCAACCAACAGGUAAACCAUCAAAAACAUAUAAAGAAAUAAUGACAACAAUACCAACAACACCAAAAUCAUAUACAACAACACAAAACUUAAUGGAACUAACAACAAUAAUUGAUGAUCUUCAAUCAACAAUGUCAUCAAUUCCGUAUCCAACAAUUUCACCAAAUCAUAAUCGUUUAUCAUCACCAAGUUCGAUACGUAAAACAAAUCGUAAAAUUAAUAAAAAUGGUAAGAAAACUCAUCACAAUCAUAAUCAUCAUCAUCACCAUCAUCAUCAUCAUAAAAAUCGACAUGAUGAUCGAAAUCAUAAAUCAUCAUCAGCAGCAUCAUUCUCAUCAUCAUCUAGAUCAGAAGAAUUUGAUCGUAGUUUAGAAAUUAAACCUGACAAAAUUGAUUUUAAUCAAUUCAAUGAAGAAAUGUCAACGGUUUUUGAUAUGAGUCAAAAUAAUAAAAUGGAUGGACCAACACCAACUAUGCCAAUAAGAAUAUAUAGUAAAGAAUAUAGCUCUAGAGAAUUGUCAGGUACAAAAAGAGCACAUCAUUCAAAUAAAUCAAUACAUUCAACUUCAUUAUCACCAACUGCUUUAUCAUCCAAAGAAAACAUAAUACAAAAUUUUAAAACAGAACAGCAAAAUUUCGAUACGAUUAGUACAAUUGAUCCAGCAACUGUUACAACAACCAAUUCAAAAAUUAUUGAAAUUAAAAAGAAAAUUAUAAAACGUAUGAUCGAUGAAGAAUUACAAGUUGAAAUUGAACCAGAAUAUUUAAUUUCAUCAUUACAAAAUGUCUCAACGACACCAAAAUCUCAAGAGGUUAUCUUUCGUUUGGCUGGUUUUGCUGGAAUGUUACAAAAUUUAUUUGGUGUUGAAAAAGAAAUUGAUGUUCAAGUAUUUAAUCAACCACCUAGUAUGGAAUUUAUUAAUUUUGUAAUAGCAUUAAUUGUCUGGUCAAUAAGAUAUCCAGCAGUAUUUUGGACAACAACAAAACCAUUUUCAGCUAUAUUUAGUUUACAUAUGAUUAUUGCAACUAUUGAUAUAAUAUUUGGAUAUACGGGAACAUCAAAUUUAUAUAAAUUACAAAUUGUUAGUGAAGCUCUACCAAUACAAAAUCCUGGCUUAAUAUUAAAUGGAAUUGUAACAUUAUCAUUGUACUUAUUAUCAACAAUACUAUUACUGUCGUCAUCAUUGGUAUUAUAUUUAUAUGGACAUGGUAGAUUAGCUGCACGUAUGCGUGAUCGAUCAAUGAUAACAAUGAAAUCAAAUGAAUCAUGGAUUUAUUUUUCACAUUGUGCAUCAUUAUGUUUAGUAUUGGCUUUAGCUGUUGUUAAAGCACCACUACUUAAUGAUUUAAGUGCAACAUAUCGUUAUAAUUUGCAUUGUCCAACAUUUUUAUCAGCUUUAAUAUCUGUUGUACAAUUAUUAUUGUGGAUUGUAAUUUGGUUAGGACUAACAGCAAAACGAAGAUGGACAUUUAAAUUACCACCUAUACAACAUUAUGGAUUAACAAAAGGUGCUACACAACCACUAUUAAUAGCUACACGUGGAUUAAAUCCAAGUGUUGAUAGUGAUGGUGGUGGUACAAAAAAUGGUGAUAAUAAUGGUAUUGGUGGAGGUGCUAUUAGCACUACAUCAAGUACUGACGGUGUCGAAGAUAUUUAUUGGCCUAAAUUAACACCAAGUUCUCCAAAAUUAAAAGUGACAUUUAAUGAAGUAACCAGUACGUCAGAUGAUGUUCUGUUAAUCAGUGAACAAGAUGGCAAGCGCCAUACGAGCCGUGGAACCACGUUAUGUAUUACCAGUAUUACGAGGGAAAUUGAUGACGGAGACUAUGCCACAUUAAGAAGUGGCCCAACACAAAAUGGCAGCGGUGAUGAACAUCAUACAUUAACAAAAAAACCAAUACGUCCAAUUGGUGGUAGCAUAUUACAUUUAAGUGAAUAUGAUGAAUUACCACCACCACCAGCUGGAUUAUUAAAGCCACCAUCAAAUAAUGGUAGUACCGGUGAUCUAUUAGAUGAUAAUACAUCAGAAGAAGGUAAAUUAUUAGCAUGUGUACGUGAUGAUAGUGUUACAUAUGCAUCAACAAGAGAUUUAGAACCACCACAACCGCCGCCUAAACCACCAUCAACAAUGAGAUCUCCGUUAGCCCAACAGGAAAAUAUGAAUUUACCACCUUCACCAUCAGAACCAGAAUAUUUACAUAUGCAACAUCAACAACAACAACAGCAACAGCAACAACAAAUUCAUCAUCAACAAUCCCAACAACAGUAUCAUAAUACACAACAAUUACAACAACAACAUCAACAGCAACUUCAACAACAACAUCAUAAUGAUAUACAACAAAAACAACAGCAAUUAGUUAGCCCUCUAGCACCAGUUACAGUAACUGUGCAUACUAAUGAAGCACAUAUUACAAAUAGUUCCACACCUCGUUGUCUGAGACGUGCCGAUUCUGGUGUACCAAAUGAAGCACUUACACCACGUAGCGAUACAACUUCAACAACAGAAAGUUUAACAACAACAUCACCACCAGAACGUGCACCAUCCGAUUCGUCGAGUGGUGUACAUUCUGGUGAGGAACGUGAAGAAGUUGUUAUCCGUCCACGUGUUGUAUGUAAACCACCAGCAAAAUUACCACAACCGGCAAUCGAAGAAGAACCAUAUGGUCGUUCAACAAAUAUGAGAAUGUCAAGUUUUAAUAAUACUGAUAUAAUAAAUGGUUGCAAUAAUAGUACUAGUAGUAAUAAUAGUAAAUCAACUAGUAUUUUAAUGAGUAAUAGUAUUAAUAAUAAUAUAACAAAUAAUCAAUGUAGUGCAACAUUACCCUUACCACAACGUACAUUACCGUCAUCAGAACAACGUGUUGAUUAUUCACAUUGUAGUACAAUGCCAUUACCAAUGGCUUGUCAUCAACAGCAACAACAACAGCAACAACAACAGCAACCAUCCUAUAAAUCAACAUUUUAUUCACCAUCAGUUUUAAUGACAACCUCAUCAUCAGCAACAAGUAGUCCAACUAAUUCAAUGGGUAGUAAUAAUUUAAUUAAUAGUGGACAAAAUAAACAAAUAGGUCAACCACAUCAUACAACAUUACCAAAUGGUGUUCGAUAUUCAAAUCCACAUUUUCUUAAACGUUUACCACAUGUUAUUAAAGGUGAAUCACCAUAUGGUCAUUUAGGUUUUGGUUCAGGUCAUCAUACAUUUUCAAAAUUAUUACAAGAUCCUUUACAUAGUUUAGCUGGUACAUCAAUACCAGAAGAUAGAGAUUCAGCAAAUUAUUCAAUGUCAUCUGAACCUGAAUGUGGAGUUUAUAUGAAUGCUCAUCAAAUUAACUGAGAUAGAAUGAAAAGCUCAACUCAUGUAUCAUCCUCAGUUUCAAAGCAAAUGCAUGGUGUCGGGUUUUGUUAUUGAAAACUAAAUACUAUUUAUAUAUACAUAUACUUAUAUAUAGAAAAUGAUUUAUUUAAUGAAUAUAACAAUGAAGAAAUCCUAUAUAUUAUAUACAAGGAAAUGUCUUUAACAAAGAGAAUGAACUGUACAUGUAAGUGAGAUAAAACAAAAUUUAUUAAAAUUUUUAUUUUGAUUUUAUUAAUAAUUCAAUUAACGCACAAAGGCAAUAAUUUUUUAUGAAAAGAAAUUGAAACAGUUUAAAAAUUUCAUUUAAAUAUUGAGUAAUUCAAAAUUUAGUUUUAAUUCAAUCUUUAAAAAGUAUCAAGUUGCUAUCUCUUAAGCUAUCCGUUGCUUCAAAAUUGCAGUAAUGCCGUUUUGAUUCAUAAUUCAGCUCAUGAAUAUUAAUUGCUGAAUUGUACUUUAAUCACGGAAUUUUCAUAAAAUUUUGAAAGGUUGGAUAAAAAAAUAUUAUUUAAGUUCAAUUCAGCAAUUCACAUAUAAGCUGAAUUUGUUUUUAAAUCUAACGAUUGCAAAUUUUCCAUUUUAAAUAACAGUAUUUUAAUAGACUGUGUUGACAAUAUUCAUACAAAUAUUUUGUUUCUCUUUUUCUAAAAUAAAAAAAAUGAGAAAACCUUUCAUAUUUAAUUUCUUUUUCUUUUUUUAAAAAAUCAAUAAAACAAGCAACUGCGAACUCAAAAUUAUAUGUAGUUGAGCGGUAUUUGUACACAAUUCAGCAAUUACAAGUUGUAAGCUGAAUUGUGUAUUAAUACCGUACUAUUGACUCCUUGAAGUCAUGGAAAAUAAUUCCAAACUUAAAUUAUAAAAAUCUGUGUUAAAUUUACUUUUCUAUAACAAAAUUCUGGGAUUUAACAUUAAAAAAUCAAAAUACUAAUUAAAAAAUCUAAAUUAAUUAUUCAAAAAAAAAAGAAAAAUAAAAUUACAUAAAUUAUUAUCUUUAAAUAACAAAAAAAAAAUGAAUACUUUUUCAAACGUUUCUGCUUUCGGCUAAUCUUUAUACAGAAGAAAAAAAAUGUAUUUGCUCUAACGCAAUGUUUAUAUAAAACCAAAAACAAAAGAUUAUUAUAAUAUAAUAGUGCAUAUAUACAUACUUACAUAAUAUAUAUUUAUGUACAUUUAUAAAUGUGUUUCAUAAUAAUUCUACAUUUAUAUUUCAAUGAUGAAGUUUUUGAUGUUUUAUUAAAUAUUCAUAAACAUUUAAUUACAUAUACACUGACAUCUGAAUUUCAAUAAUAUUAUGUUACAACAUAAUUCAGCCGACAAGUGCUAACUGCUGAAUGAUGUAGUGAAACAGUACUACUGCAAUUCUGAUGUGAGAAAUAAUGCAAAUAUAUAAUAUAAGCACAUGGUAUUCUAAACGUAAUAAUUUAUUUUAUAUUCUUAAAUUGAUUAAUAUCUUAAUAUAGUUAAACUCAAUUAAGAAAUUUGUUUUUUUUUUUUUAACUGAAUUCUGUGAUUCGAAGAUAAGCUGAAUAGGGUUUAUUAAUAGUAAUAACGCCGGUUUGGAACACAUAUUCAAUUCAAUUCAAUUCAAUAGAAGAAUAUUCUUAAUUAAAAGUAAAAUUUCAAAUUUCUAGAGUACUAGAACUUAUUAUUAAUAAUACAUGGAGAAUAAUCCAAAAACAGAAACUAUGCCAAUAAUUUUUAGUUGAAAGAACUGAAAUUUGAAUUAAAAUAUUUUUGUUCAUUCUUGUAGAAAUAUUUGAAACUCAGGCUACAAAUGCUAAUUAUUCAAUAAUGUAUUAAUGUAGUAGGUAUGCUGUCAUAAAUUAGUUUUCACGUUCUUGUUAGUUAACGUAAAAUCUUCUAUAUUUUGAAAUUUUUUCCAAUUUUCUAUUAAUUCAAUUAAAAUUGUAUAAUUGAAUAACUCAGCGUAAAGUAAGAUCUUCUGACUCAAAAAUUGCAACACUACAUUUUUCAAAUAUAAUUCAGUUUACGAAUUUUAAUUGUUGAAUUGCUGAGUAAUAUAGUAUUAUUGAUAGAUGUAAUUAUAGGUAGAUGAAAUUGUAAUUCGACUCCUUCGUAAGCUAAAUUAUCUUGACUUCGAAAUUGUAGUAAUACUGUAUUAUAGCAAUACAUUUUUCAGCCUUUGAUUUGUAAGUGCUAAAUUGUGUAUUUAUUCCGUACUACUAAAAUUUUGAGGUCAGGCCAACUACUUUUAUGUGCAAAACAUUAAAUUACUCAUAACUAUGUGUUUAUAUCUAUACAUAUUUACAUUAUAUUAAAAAUUCAUAAAUUUAUUUUUUAAAUAAAUGCUAUAUGAAUGUAAAUUUGAAAAAAAAAAACAAAAACAGAACUUAUAUAUUAUAUAAAUAAUUGAAAUUUAAUUUUAAAAAUUAAAAUAAUAGAAAACAAAGAAGAAACAAUAAUAAAAAUACAUAGAGACUGAAAGUAAAUAAUAUACGGUGAGCAUCAAAAUCUUUUUUGAACAAAAAAAAAUAUUAAUUAAAUAAAAAAAUAAUAAUAUUUAAUUAAUAAUAAAAUAACAAUUUACAAAAUUAUUUUCAAUUACAAUAUUAAAAUAAACUUUCAUCUUAAUAAUGAAUUUUUGCUAUAAAUAUCACGUCAAAUAUUAAAAAAACAAUGAAAUUGCACCAUUAACUAUCAAAAUUAGCACUGACCAAAAAAAAAAACAAAAUUUUUAUACCCAAUAGUUUGAUCCAUAACAUAUAUUGGAUUAAAAGAAUCCUUGUAUAUCACACCUCUUUUAUAUACACGCAAACACACACAAAAAUAUGAGCAUUUUCUUCUAUCAGUAUAAUACUAAUCUAGCUGCUUAUGCUAACUUGAAAUUUCCAUUGUGCAUUUAUUCUGUAUUUCGAAUAUUUUCAUUAAAACUUUAAAAUCAUUUGCAUAACAACCUGCAAAAAAGACGCCUAAGCCAGAAAUAGUAGCUGU